CAUUUCUAUAAAUUCAUUCAAUCUUACCCUUGUAUAAUACAAAUUAAAACAAAUAGGAGAAAUGGCCCGAGUUAAAGCCCUCUUCUUCCUAGCCGUCCUCCUCUGCUCUACUUUAGUCUAUGCAGCCAGACCAGAACCAGCUUUUUCUGCAGCCACUUCUGCAAAAACCCAAUUUGAGGGUGUUGAAACAGAGUUUGAUGAGGUGGCGAAUGAGAGCUGUGAAGGAGCUGGGGAGGAGGAGUGCUUAAUGAGAAGGACUCUGGCAGCUCAUGUGGAUUACAUCUAUACACAGAAGCAUAAUCCUUGAACUUGGUUUGUUUUGUUAACAAUAUCUAUUUGUGAUUAUGUAAAACUUGUAAGCAAUAUCCAGUUUCCCCUGUUUUUUUUUUCUCUCUUUUUUCUUCAGAUUGUCUAGCAAUGUGAGACUGUGAAUUUGAACCAUUGAUCAAUUUCAAUGUAUGGUCCAAAUUUACAGUUUGACAAAGUAUUUAUCUUAUCAAGAGAAAGCAUAAUAUGAGAGUAAGAUAGUGGAGCUCAAGAACUCUGUCAUUAUUAUUCUCUCUUU